UAAAACAGCGGCAGAACUCUUCCACUCUCUCUCACUUCUCUCUCUUCCCUCUCUACUCUACACUCAAGCCAUUCACACUCUUCGUGCUCUCCGCCACCUUCUCUUCUUUCUUCUUCCUUGUCAAAUUUUCAGAUCCAAAUUGAGUUUUUUCCUGUUCCUUUUGAUCCCAUCAGAUAUGGCUUCUUUCACUGCUUCCUCUGUUUCUCUAUCCUCCGCCUUUUGCUCGUUCAAGCAGAGCCAGGCUUCUAAUUUGAGGAAGGCAUCAGUUUCCUUCAGUGGAAAGAGCUUCCCUUCUCACAGGCUCCCGUUACCUCGUUUCCGAGUUUCCUGCGCGGCCAAGCCCGAGACAGUCAAUAAAGUGGUUGAAAUCGUGAAGAAGCAGUUGGCUCUUCCUGAUGAUCGAGAGGUCUGUGGAGACUCGAAGUUUCAAGUACUUGGUGCUGACUCUCUUGACACGGUCGAGAUUGUGAUGGGACUCGAGGAGGAGUUUGGGAUAUGCGUUGAGGAAGAGAGUGCCCAGAGCAUCACAACCGUUCAAGAAGCAGCAGAUCUCAUCGAGGAACUCCUUGAGAAGAAAUGAUGAACGACAGCUCCAUCUCUCCUAGGUUUGUGCUCGGCACGAGGGACUUGGUUAGAAAAAAAGGAAAACGCGAUAACUUAUCCAGCCUUUUAUGGGUGCUUGGUUUAUUUCAUCGAAGGAACUAGCUCGUUUUCGUUUGCAGUUUUCCCUGUCAGACAUGAAUGUUUACUAUCAUCUCUGAAUGCAAUCUUAUUAUGGGGAAAGAAA